AUGUUAUCUCUACCGUGCCUCAGCGUCCAUCUUUUUCUCCUUGUCGCUGCUUGCCUCGCUCAGGAAGUGAACUACACGUGUCCAAACCCGGCUGUCUACUUCACCGAGAACCACGGGCCCUUCUCAGCUGGGAGAUUCAAUCUCUCGUACCAACGUCCACCACAGCACUGCCGCACCUUCAAUUUAUCCGAAGUCGAAGACGCAGUUUCGAGCCUGAAGAGCCAUAUAUCCGACCCGGACUUGUCACGACUCUUUGAAAAUGCCUUUCCCAACACUCCCGACACGGCCAUCCGUUGGCACGGGUUCGCAGGCAACAACUCACAGGAGGAGCUGACUUUUGUCAUCACAGGCGACAUCAACGCAAUGUGGCUGAGAGACUCGUCGAAUCAGCUGCAGUCGUAUCUAUCCCUGUUGAAAGCGAAUAGCUCCUCUGACUCGCUGGCAUCCUUGUACAGAGGAGUCAUCAACCUGCAAUCACGCUAUAUCAACACAUCGCCCCAUUGCAACAGCUUCCAACCUCCGCCAGAAUCCGGCGUCGAGCCCGCGGUCAAUGGCUUCGCUGCAACCGAUGUCGUAUUCCCACCGGUCACCAACACCACGGUGUUCGAGUGCAAGUACGAGCUCGACAGCCUUGCGGCGUUCCUCCAAGUGUCGUACAACUACUACAACGCCACGUCGGAUUUGGACUUCUUCAAUCGCUUCCAAUGGGUCGACGCUGUUCGAACGAUCAUGAACACAGUUCUGAACCUCACUGUGGGCACGUACGACUCCGAUGGCCGCGUACUCGACCCGCCGUAUACGUGGAACCGCACCGCCAACUCGGCCACAGAGUCCGUCUCGAACCUGUACCGUGGAAAUCCUGUCGUUGGCGGCACUGGGCUGAUUCGAAGCUUCUUCCGCCCAUCUGACGACUCGUGCAUCUACCAGCUCUUCAUCCCAGCCAACAUGAUGUUCUCGCACUAUCUGGGUCUCUGCGUGGAUAUAAUGCAGAGCCUCCAAAACCCUGUUGCUGCAACAUUGGCCUCCAGCAUGCGCAACCUAUCUGCCACCAUCCGCGCUGCCAUCCAGGCCCGCGGGAUCUACCACACGCGGGGCGGCCACCGGGUCUACGCGUACGAAGUUGACGGCUACGGCAGCUACAACGCCAUGGAUGACGCGAAUAUCCCGUCGUUGCUCUCCGCACCUUUCUUCGGCUACGACGCCGUCACCGACCCGGUCUACCAGACCACUCGGCGCCUGCUCCUCUCACCCGCAAAUUCGUACUACAUGCGCGGCCCGGUUCUCAACGCGACGGGCGGACCGCACGUCUCCUUCGGCCACGCCUGGCCCAUGGCGUCUAUCGUCCGGAUCCUGACUUCGGAGGAUGACGACGAGAUCCGCACCGAGCUGCGCCAGCUGGUCAGCAGCACGGACGGGCUGGGCCUGAUCCACGAGAGCGUGAACUCGUGGAAUGCGAGCGACUGGACGCGGCCGUGGUUUUCGUGGGCCAACAGCCUGUUUGGCCAGAUGGCGCUGGACCUGGCUGGGAGGAAGCCGUACCUUUUGACCGAGUCAUAUCAAUGA